AUGGCUGCAUCGGGGCACGAUACGCCUCAUAAUAAAUUCAGUCAAUCUGGACCAAUAUCUCAUUUAUCAUCAUCAUCACCACGGAUAAAAACUCGAUCCAAUUCAGUGAGUAAUGACCUCGAACCGGAACAAAAAUCAUCGAGCGAUGGAACAACAACAAUAGUGUCUGAAAAACUUGAUUUUAAAGAAAUUCGUAAGAAAUUCGACACACCCGCAUUAUCAGAGAAACCUCGGCCACAUGGUUAUCCGAAGAGAACAUCUAUACCUACUAUCCCAACUAGUCAAAUAAGUACUCGUAAAUUUACACAUACUUCAUUAUCAAAACCAAAUCCAAGCUCAGAUGUCAAUCCAACAACAUCAACUAGUUCUAUUCAACCAUUACUUGUGAAACCGUCAGUAUUUCCAAGAGCUAAAUCAGAAUCACCACACCCAUUCUCACAUGAAAAAAAUGAUCCAGUUUUACAUAAAGCUCUACGUAUUUCAAUGAAAAAUGUGCAAGAUAAUAGACUGGAUUCAUCUUUUGAAGAACAAGAAUGCAUAUCUUCACCUUUACCAGAUUCAAGUGAUUCGUCACUAGCAAAUGAAAGCAAUCAGUCCGAACAACCAAAAUCAGUAUCAAAAAUUCGUGAAUUUUUUGACACUCGAGAAAAUCGUCAUGUAUAUCAACUUGUGCCGCGUAAAUCUAAAACUCCACUAGCAAAUAAAUUACAAUCACCUGAUUUCAAAGAAAAUACUCAUCAACCUCCGGUACGCCCGCCGCCUCGUCCAGACAAAUAUCUUAAGUCGCAAUUAAAUGGUUGGCAUUCCAUUCCACCAUUUGAUCCAACUGAUUCCAGUCUUUCAUCAAAUGUAAAUUUAAGUCGAUGCAAUUCAUCCGAUGAAUUUAGUGAUGAAGAAAUAGAUUAUGAAGCUGAAAGACGUACUAAACUACGUAGAUGUCUAGAAGAAGUUCAUACAACAGAGAAAACUUUUGUGAAUAUUCUUUACGUACUUUCUGUAAAACUUACUGUCGAAGUAAAAAAUACAUGUGAGAAAGAUGAAAAUCUUAUAUUAACAUUUAAUAAUACAUAUAAACCAUUACUUGGUACAAUACAACAAAUAUAUGGACUUCAUAAUGGCCAUAUCUUACCUGAAAUUGAAGAUCAUAUAGCUAAAGAUAGUACCGGUAAUAUGUGGUCAGUAUUAGAAAAAAAUGCUAAAGUUAUUGAAGUAUUAUAUAAAAAUUAUUAUGUAACAUAUAAUGAAACACAAGGAAAAUUAGAAGAUUUAUGUAAAAAUUUUCCAUUGAUUAAUGAAGCAAUGCUCAAAUGUCAAGUAUAUCUUGGGAAUUUAUAUCCAACCAGUCAACUGAAUGUUCCAAAUCAACGUUUAGUUCGUUAUAUACUUUGUAUGAAAACAUAUAUGAAAUAUCUUGAUGAAAAUUCCGAUGAAUAUAAAUAUACACGUUGCAUACAUGAUGAACUUGAUCGUAUUGCUGGCCGUUGUGAAGAAGAAUUAGUUAUAUCAUCAGCACAAUUAAAUGAAUUAAAAGAACGUCUAGAUAAUAAAUUUGAAUGUAUUAAAGAUCAUCGUAAACUUCUAUGGCAUGGUUCAUUAAAAAAACAAUCGCCACGUAAACAUCUACAAAUUGUUCAACGUUAUAUGAUUUUAUUUUCCGAUUGUAUACUUGUAUGUAGUGAAGAAUCAGGACGUAAACUUGAUGUAAAACGUGAAUUAACAAUGAGAGAUAUAACAGUUGAUGUGAUACAACAUGGACGAACAUCAUUUAUACCAAGUAGUGAUCAACAAAAUACUGGAAUUACUUAUUAUCCAUUUCGUGUUAAUGCUGUAGAAAAAUCUUAUGAAUUUUUAGUUGAUAAAGAAGCUGAAAGAGAAAUUUGGGUGAAAAAAAUUCGACAAGCAAGUGAUGCAUAUAAUAAAAGAAAUAUAGAAAUCGAAGUUCGUUCGUCAACUAGACGAAGUGAAGGACAACAACUUGGUGUUCGUGCUCCUGCUUGGGUGAAUGAUCUUGAUGUUACACGUUGUCAGAUUUGUAAUAAUCGUUUUCCACCAACAUUCCUUGGCAGUCGACGACAUCAUUGUCGUUGUUGUGGGCGAUGUAUAUGUGGUUCAUGUUCAACUAAAAAAUUAACUCUUGAGUAUUGUAAAAAUGACGGUGACGUGCGUAUAUGUGAUACAUGUUAUACACAUUUUACGGGUACAGUCUUAAGUAAGAAUUCAAGUAUAUGGCCAAAAGCAACACGUGAAAUCGAUGAAACUAUAUUAUUUGGUGAUUUUCGUGCUGUUAAUUCAGGUACAACGAUUUGGAUUGCUUUACAAGAAGAUUAUCAAUUACAUAUAUAUGGUGCUAGACUUGAUCAAGCUGAAGAUUAUUCUAUAAAAUUACCUGACCUUCUUGAGUUACAACUAGAUGAAGACACGAGAAUAUUUACUUUACGUGAAACAACUAAAACACAUAUAUUUUGUCUUGACACAAAACAUCAGAUAAAUUAUCAAAAAAAUGAUUCAAUUGAUGAAAAAAUAAAAAAUUCUACAAAUAAAUUAAAAUGCUAUACAGAUUUAUGGUUUGAAGCAAUGCAAUUAGCUCAAUCAACAUCACUUCCAGUAUGGUAUAUAAGAAAACGUGAUUCAGCAGAUAGUGGUGUGAGCAAUAUUGGUUGA